AUGCCAUGGUUGGCACGCUAUAAUCCCCAGAUCGACUGGCUAGCCAGAUCAGUGAGACGUCGAAGUAGGUUCGACGUCAGCAAAGUGUUCACUCAUCUCUUGGUGUCCGCAAGUGAUUGGCCGAACGUUACAGUCGUGGAUCGUACAUCCACAACCCCGGCGGCGCACAGAGUGAGCGAUGGCCCUCUCUGUACCGCUUGUUCCGUGUUCCUACGCACGAGUGACGAUGUCUCCUCGCUUUGCAGCGAGAAGUACGACGUGGACGAGCAGUGGCUUCAGCACGAAGACAACGCGGUUAAACAGAGGUUCCCGCACGAGAGAGCAGUGGUCGAACUGGUGGUCCCAUCUGCACCCAUUGUGGUCGAACAUAGGCUCCCACAAGGUCAAGAUGUGGCCGAGCAGGGGCUCGCCACCGAGUGUGACGUGGAUGGACACGAGGCCCCACGUGCGAACAUGAUGGUCCAACACGGGUUCCCAUCAUCACCCACUGUGUUCGAACGGAGGUUCUCACAUGAGCAAGACGUGUUCGAGCAGGGGCUCCCACACGAGUUUGUGGCGGUCGAGCAGGGGCUCCAGCAUCAUCGUCGACAUACGAGUAUGGAAUUCUCUCGUCGCACGAUUUUGACGUCCUGGAUGAGGACAUCCAGAAUCUAG